GUCACCGGCGAAAGAGCCAGCCAGCGGUCAGACGUCCGUCCGUACAUUAUCUGGAGUGCAAAUUCAUUCAUUGAUGCUGUUCAAAUGACUAACACACUCGUUGAAAUUGUUUAUUAUGCUCUUCAAAGACCUUAUUCCUGUUUGUUCAUUGUUGGCGUAGUGCUCUUAAGUUUUUGGUGGCACUGGUGGAACAUUUUUGACAGUAAAACUGACAUGGCCACUGAUGGCCCCAAUGAUAUCUACGGAUUCUCAGUUAAAGACAUCGAUGGAAAUGAAGUCUCACUCUCCAAGUACAGGGGUCAUGUUGGUCUCAUCGUAAACGUGGCCUCUAAAUGAGGUUUAACCAACAAGAACUACGCUCAGCUACAAGAAUUGCACGCUACGUAUGCUGAGUCAAAGGGCUUGAGAAUCCUGGCAUUUCCUUGCAACCAAUUUGGUGGACAGGAACCGGGUACCAAUGAAGAAAUCAAGAAGUUUGCAGAAAAAAAGGGUGCCGAGUUUGACCUCUUCGCUAAGAUUGAUGUCAAUGGAAACGGCGCUGAUCCUCUCUACAAGUUCCUUAAGAAGAAGCAAGCAGGAUUACUCACAAAUUCAAUCAAAUGGAAUUUUUCAAAGUUUUUAAUCAAUAAGAAAGGAGAACCAGUGAAGAGAUAUGGUCCCCAAACAAGCCCAAUGGGUAUUGAGGGCGAUCUUAUCAAGGAGUUUGACAAACCAGAAUAAGCUGAAUCUUCACAAUCCAUCUCAACAACUGCCAAUCGGACAGAUAUGACAAUCACAGUUAACUUCUUUGUCAAAGUAGAAACAAGUUACUAGCUAGUAUGUGUGUGUUUUUCUUAUCAACUGUGCGACUUGGAGCCCUAAGUUGUCUUCUCCUGCAUCCUGCCUCGUCCUGCUGGAAUCUUCAGAGGAAAGAACUUGACAUCCAUCAGAGCAGUUUGGCUGGAACAUUUUCUAGUCACCUUCAAACUUAACUCAUUACAGAGCUUUACAACUUGGUUUUAAAAAGAUGAGCUUGUAUUCAUUGUAUUCCAGUGUCAGUAUGAGCUUGUAUUCAUUGUAUUCCAGUGUCAGUACUUUAAAAUGUUAAAAACAAAAAUAUAUGUGCAUUAUGAAAGUGCAGUUCUAGCCUGGAAGUUGUUCAUUGAUGGGACAUAGUCAUUUCAUUUAGCAAAGGGAACUUAGGAUAACAAAUUGUUCAAACCUGUGAGAAUAUUUUAAAUGUUUUUUUUCAGGAAAGGACUCAUUUGACAUUCAUAAAAAUCCUGACCUUGGCCUAAUUUCAUAGAGCUGCAGAAA